AUGUCAAACCUGGGCUUGAAAGCACGGAGCGUGAAGUUCUACCACAACAUUGAACAACAACUUACAGCCAAUAAUUGCGUUGAAUAUGACCUGGCAGUCAAAACAAUCAAUGGCCUCAGUGGUGCGGUCAACUGGGCAGUUGGAUAUGGGAUUCUCCAAGUUUAUAGUAUGCAAGAUGCGGAGUAA